GUGGGAGCGAUCUUCCUAAUGUCGUGGUUGGAUUGGAGCUCUUGGUCGGGGACCAGGACAUGGGGAUUUAAAUCCUGGGAAUAUUGGAGAGAUGGUAUGGAUUGGCAUUUUUCCGACGAUGUGGAUGGAAAGGGGUAGAUAUGAAGUCAUGAAUUUCCUCGAUUUUUUUCUUUCCCCUCGUUGUGCUUGGGCUCUUUUAAUCUGCUGUCUUUCUUGAAGCCGCUGAUGUGACACUGAGCUCCUCGAAAAGAUCAGUGUGGAGCCUCUCAAUUUGCGUCAAUUCGUCAUCUCACUUUGAAAUUCACUGGAGCUUACGAAAAUCGGAAUGACUCGCAAUCUCUCCUUUCCAAUUCUGCUCCUAUUCUUAGCAACGUUUUUAUCUCUAGUCUCAGGCUGGGAUAUCAAUAGUCAGAAUGAUCGACAUAGUUGCCAGGCAUACUCCAGAGAUCCACUGGAGGGAUGUGACCGUAAACGGACAGUUUACGUGGAUGUUGUGAGCAGCGAUUCAAAAUAUAAGACCGUGCAGUCAGCUGUGGCAUCAUUACCCAACAAUACUGAUACCUACAUAAUUUUAAUUGCUUCCGGGAACUACACCGAACAAGUAAAUGUCACCCGCCGCGGGCCCACCUACCUCAUCGGCCAAACCGCCCACCCAACCUCCCAGUCUCACAACACAGUAAACAUAAUAUGGGCCGCCAUUGCCGUGCCCGGCCUCGACAACGCCUUCACCAGCACCUUGACCGUAGCCCCGAAUCUGAACGCUUCCCUGACAGGCAGCGGACCCACAGGCUUUGCUGUGCCGUCUGGGACACCGUUCGGAUGUGUGGAUUUCAGGACUUAUAAUUUGAACUUUGUUAACAAUUUUGCGCCUUAUUCGGAUGACCCCUCGUUGGCAUUGAGUAUCAGUUAUGCCAAUGGAGGAUUUUAUUACACCGGUUUCUAUAGUUACCAAGAUACAGUUUAUGUUGGCAAGCUCGGAAACGCAUACAUAAAGAACAGCGAGGUAGCCGGACAAACCGACUUCUUCUAUGGUUUUGGCACCGCUUGGGUUGAAUCCACCUCCAUCUCCCUGCGCUCCUGCGGAGGUGGCAUAACAGCUUGGAAAGGCACCAAUACCUCCUUCCCCAAUGCCUACGGAAUCUACAUUGUCGAUUCCAACGUCCACGCCGCCAACUCCUCCCUAAACAUCACCGGAAAGUGCGCUCUAGGUCGCCCUUGGAACGCUCAGAUGCGUUCGAUCUUCGCCUACACGUACUUGGACAAGAGCAUUCUGAGCACGGGUUAUAUUGAUUGGAAUCCCGCGAGAUACAAUAAUUAUACGCUGCAGGCGGAGUAUAGGGAUUACGGACCCGGAUAUAAUGUUACGGGCAGGGAGGCGGCGAAGUUUGACGUGCAGUUGACCCCGGAGGAGUGGGCGCAGUAUAGUAGUCCGCAGAAGGUUUUCCAGUAUCCGGAUGGGAGAUUCGGGAAUACUGCGUGGAUUGAUUGGAGUGUUUGAUCAGAUUUAGAGAAGAUGGGUGCUUUAGUUGUUUAAUCGAAAGAAAUUGAGAUCAUGCC